CGUAAAUAGUUUGUGUCUCAGUCAGCACCAACACAGCCGCUCUCACUUCUGACACUUAACUUACAACAAUCUGUAACACGUCUGCAACUUCACACUCCACACUGCCAACAUACAGUGUGUGGGGUUUUCACCAGAAGGCUCAAGAUCUUAUCUGGGCACAGGACAAACUUAUCACUGCAGAGUGGUUUGAGGUGAAUUUAGGUGGGAAAGAUGGCCAAGAAUGGCACCUGCACGCAGUUUGUGCCAAACGGACACCCACAGAAGAAAGACUUGGAGGGACGGGGAUACUGGGGGCACAAAGCCGAGUACAUCCUGACUGUGAUGGGCGCAAUUAUCGGACCUGGCAACGUUUGGAGGUUUCCCUAUCUGUGUUACAGAAACGGCGGAGGUGUGUUCUUCAUACCAUACAUCUUGUUCAUGCUUACAUGCGGAAUACCCUUAUUCUUCCUGGAGACUGCCUUAGGACAGUACACCAACCAGGGGGGGAUCACGUGCUGGAGAAAGAUUUGCCCGCUUUUCCAAGGCAUGGGCUAUGCCAGCCACUUAAUCAUCUCAUUCAGUGCCACCUCCUAUAUCGUCAUCAUGGCAUGGGCAUUCUUUUACCUCUUCUCGUCCUUCAGCGCGGACUUGCCUUGGGCCACAUGUGGAAAUGAGUGGAACACAGAUGCAUGUGUGGACUUCAGCCAUCCAAAUCUGAGCCACAGCAUGACAUUCAGAGAGAAUACCACUCUUCCUGUUGCGGAGUUCUGGCAGCACCGUGUUUUGAAAAUCUCAGGUGGUAUUGAGGAGGUGGGCAGCUUGAGAUGGGAACUGGUCUUGUGUCUCAUCCUGACCUGGGUCAUCUGCUACUUUUGCGUCUGGAAGGGCAUCAAGUCGACAGGAAAGGCAGCUUUCUUCACAGCCACCUUCCCCUACGUUAUGCUGCUGAUUUUGCUCAUACGUGGUGUUACCCUACCAGGGGCAUUGGACGGGAUCAUUUACUACCUCUACCCUGAUAUCUCCCGCCUUUAUGAUCCCCAGGUGUGGAUGGAUGCUGGCACUCAGAUCUUCUUCUCCUAUGCCAUCGGCCUUGGGUUCCUAACCUCUCUUGGGAGUUACAACACUUACAACAAUGACUGUUACAGGGACUGUUUUUUCUUGUGUCUGCUAAACAGUGCAACCAGCAUUGUAUCAGGCUUUGCCAUUUUCUCUGUUUUGGGUUUCAUGACCAAAGAACAAGGAGUGGAUAUUUCUGAAGUAGCCGAAUCAGGUCCAGGGUUGGCAUUCAUUGUCUACCCACGUGCUGUAGCCAUGAUGCCCAUGCCACAGGUCUGGUCGGUGUGUUUCUUCCUUAUGAUUAUUCUGCUCGGAUUGGACAGUCAGUUUGUUGGUCUGGAGUGUCUGAUGACAUCACUGACUGAUCUGUUCCCGUCUUACCUGCGCCAAGGCGUUAGACGUGAGCUGGUUCUGCUGGGUAUCUGCAGUACCUGCUGUUUGCUCGGACUCUCCCUGGUCACUGAGGGAGGGAUGUACCUGCUCCAGCUGUUGGACCAUCACGUCUGUAGCGGCACCACCCUGAUCCUCCUCUCUCUCUGCCAGUCCGUCAGCAUUGCCUGGGUGUACGGUGCUGACCGUUUCUAUGGCAACAUCACGGACAUGAUCGGUUAUCGCCCGUAUCCAGUGAUGAAAUACUGCUGGAGCUACAUCACUCCCCUCUUCUGUUUCGGCACGUUCAUCUUCUCCAUUGUCAAAUACUCCCCGCUGAAGUUCAGCAACACUUAUGUUUAUCCACUCUGGGCCAACAUCUUGGGCUGGUUUAUUGCCACUGUCUCGCUCUCCCUCAUCCCGCUGUUUGUGAUAUAUAAAAUGAUGCAUGGAAAAGGAACUCUUCGGCAGCGAUUCUUGUUGCUCUGCCAACCUGUGGAGGACCUCCCCUUGGAUCAAAAAUAUCCUCAUACACCUGCAACCAGUAGCACUGCUGCCCACACAGAUCUCAAACCUUUUGCCGAAAAUGGGGAACUCACUCGGUGAACACAAACACGAGUUCUUCAACAGCAAUAAUAUAUUGUAAAGUCAUUCCAGAACAUGUCUCAGGGGGUGCAUUCUUGCAUUUGUUUCUGCAGUGAAGCAAUCUCAGACCCUGACGGACUGCUCUAGCUUUUUCAAAAGAAAUUUGACAAAUACCUUUAAUAUUUAAGUUUAAGAGUGGGAAGAAAGUAAAGGACUUUGAUUAUUAUCUUUUGUUUUAAUCCAAACUUUCACAUUAAGCCGUCUGAUAGAUUCAGGUCCUUGCCUCAACACCAACUCAACACCACUACAGUUAUUAGCUUAACUAACUUUUAAAAAAUGUAACCUUACAGGAAUAAUCAGAUUGUCUCAUUUGUUAAGGAAGAAUUUAAAUUGUUUCUAAAGAAUAUGGACUUCACAGGUUCACAGCUGUAAAUGGAUUCUGUGAUUCAGUAUACAUGCAAGCAUGCCAACAUCUCAAAGGCCAGUUUGCUGAUCACUUUCUGACAUGUUACACUUGAAUGUAUGCAUUUUUUAUGGUUUUUCCUCCUGUGUUUUGCAAAAUAUUGACCAAGAUAGCAUUAUACUGUUUAACUGUGCAUGAAACAUUAGCCCAUUUUGUAUGUUAGAACAUUUACUGCCAGUGUUCUCUUAAUCAUUCACUCAGACAUGUUGGCAACCUUGCUCCAUGUAGUGUUGCUAUGUAUUUGUAUCUACAUAAAUAUCAUGUGUGGGAUGUAUGCAUCCUAUAUAGUGCAACAUAAAUCUUUAUAUAACCUCUUAUACCUCUUCAAACUAUAAGUGCCUUAAGUCUUUUUUUUCUGUUCUUGCUCUCUGUAAAGUGUCUUUGAGUAUCCUGAAAAGCGCUGUAUAAAUCCAGUGUAUUAUUAUUAAUAUUAAGACAACUUAUUUAGGUUUAUCAGCUUGAUAUAAAGGUAGGUGUGGGUUUCUACAGCUACAGAAUAGAAUAUUUAACGUAGUUCUACCCAGGUAUAGCCAUUUAUACUGGACUGUCAGUCAAGAACACAUAUUUUCACUAUCAUUUACACAGGAACAAGGGGCCAGAUGUACAGUCAUGUGAAAAAAUUAGGACACCCCAUUAAAUAUUCAGUUCUUUAAUAACAAAUGUU